CGCUUUCACGUGUGAACCCGAGGGUCUUUCUACUUACCAAGAAGGAACCUCCCUCUCUCCGUCCCUUUGCCUUUGCUUUGUUUUUUUCUCUUCCUUGACCCUUUCCUUGCUUUUGUUUUCUUCGCCUAAUACUCUCUCUCUCGCGCGAUCAAAAUCAAAGACUAGAAAAUCAUCUUUGAUUUUCUUGAUCUGAUUUUUUAUUUUUACAAACGUCGAUUACCGGUAAUUAUGGCCACCACUGGAAACAAGAAUAUCAAUGCUAAAUUGGUGCUUCUCGGGGAUGUUGGUGCUGGUAAGUCCAGUCUCGUAUUGCGUUUUGUCAAAGGACAGUUUGUUGAGUUUCAGGAAUCAACCAUAGGUGCUGCCUUUUUCUCGCAAACAUUGGCUGUCAAUGAUGCAACUGUAAAAUUUGAGAUUUGGGACACAGCAGGCCAGGAGAGAUACCACAGCCUGGCUCCAAUGUACUACAGGGGAGCUGCUGCAGCAAUCAUUGUGUAUGAUAUAUCUAAUCAGGCCUCAUUUGAGCGGGCAAAAAAAUGGGUUCAAGAACUUCAGGCACAAGGCAACCCAAAUAUGGUUAUGGCACUUGCAGGGAACAAAGCUGAUUUGCUGGAUGCAAGGAAGGUUACUGCUGAGGCAACACAAGUUUAUGCCCAGGAGUAUGGCCUUUUCUUUAUUGAAACAUCAGCAAAAACUGCAACCAAUGUCAAUGACAUUUUCUAUGAAAUAGCAAAAAGACUACCUCGAGUACAGCCAGCACCAAACCCUUCUGGUAUGGUUCUUAUGGAUAGACCUACUGAAAGUACAGCAAGUGCAUCUUGCUGCUCUUAAAUACCUGAGUGACAGCGGUAUUGCUGCGUAUCUGUAUCUUCUUUGUAGUUCUUGUGGUGCUCUCCCUAGAAGUCUAUGUUUGAUAUUCUCUGGUUCGUUUGUGUAUUAAGAAUUUCCUUUUCAACCAGUGAAAUGGAACUGUAGUGGCUUCUCGUGUAAUGAAAUGGCGUCUUUUUCUUUCACAUUUUAAAAUUUGCGUUACAUAAAUAUAUAUUUAUUUUUUUA